AUGGCCCGUUUCAACGUCGACCCUAUUCUCAAAGACGUCGAUGAGUUUGGCAAUGCUCUUUUCGGCAGUGCCCAUGCCCAUUUACAAAACAACAUUGAUGACUUUGUUCGCACAUUCGACGAAACACAUCCUGAAAGCGGCACCCGAGUAGGACCAGAUGCAUUGGCCGUGGCAUUUGUUCAGCUUUCCAACUGCAGUCAGAAGCUCCAGGUGCAUCAGAAGCAAGAUGAUGGAUGCUGGGAUGAUCUUGUCAAGUAUUCACAGCAAACACGUCAAACCAUGGACGACCUGGAUAAAACAUUGAAGGAUGCACAAGAAAAACAAAGGAUCCAAGGCCCACCAUUCGCAGCUGAACGCGAAGAGUACUUGAAGAAGAUUCAAGAGGAUCGGCAAAAGUUUGAGCGUGAGUUACAGCGUCAAAGGGACAAGAUAGAAGAAUACUAUGCGAAAAGGACACGUGAAUCGACAUUGAGCAAUCUUGUCGGAGCCAAGCAACAAUGGUCCUAG